AUGGAGGGAGCUUCAAAUUAAAAAAUUGUUUACAAAACAAGAGGAAUAUUAACCAAGGUUGGUCGAGCUAUAGCCGUAGAUUUAUCAGAUUCCAAUUUACCUCAUGAUUAGGGUAUCAAACCUCACAUGACAGUAGUUUUUAGCAAGGAACGUUUUACUUAGGAAGACAUUAACGAACUCUAUUCUUUAGAGCAAUAAUUCAGAAUAUCCUAAGGUCUUUAGCAGGAUGAAAAUUAUAGCUUUGUCUUAGAAAACUGGGGUCCAAGAUCUAAAAAGAUUUAGGGCCAGCUCUAUGAUCUCUGCAUCUAUCUUCGUUAGCACUUCACAGGAGACUCAACUGAUGAGAGAAUUCCUCAUGUAGAACUGAAGAAAUUAGAGAGAAACAGAAAAUGA